CAUUGUGGCCUUUAGAGAUAAGUGCGGCUUUACUGAACACCAACAGCAAAAGCAAAGCUACGAAGAACGACGAUAAUCGCAAUUAUGCGUGUGCUAUGGGGAUCGAUACGGUGUCGAGAGGUGGCGUACAGCAGAGGGCGAGUCGACACACGCCUCACGAGCCGACCUUUGCAUACAAGUAGCGUCUCACUACGGACCCGGCACGCCAGUUCGUGUUGACGUUUCGAACUGAUCGGAACAGAACGUGUAUCUCGCGGGAGCGCUCGCGAGUGAUCUUCCUUCUUACACACAGGCCCGCACAACGCAGUUAUAGGGCAGGAUCCAUCAUCAUCGUCGGCGGAUGUUAAUACGGAUUGCAUUAGGCAUCGUGAAGAGCAAAACGAGACAAGUGCAUAUCGGAGGAUCGGCUUUGAUUAGCGCUCCGUUGACUACGCGCGUGUGUCAUGGUUCAUUCCCCUUUUCGGGCGGACUUAGCUGAUACUGUCACCUUCCGUUCCAUUGUGCGCGCGCCUCUUUCGGUUAAAGUGUGUCCACAAACAAUCGGACGUAAAUUUGAUAAUUGCUUCUGUGAUCUUGUGUAAACUUUACGCGUUCUGACUGUUGGUUGGUUGGUUGGUUGGUAGGCUGGUUGGAAGCAAGCUGAUCAUCGUCGUGAGUUUUGAGCUCGAUCGUAAACAUGGGCACCCGCUGCAGAAACGUGUUCCGUAAUGUGUAUGGUGGCGGCGUUCGUCGAAGCAGUGAUCCUAAAUUGGUGGUGACGUUUGCUGUUAUGGGCAUGAUCGGUUGUUUCGUGAACGUAGUUUUUGGAGCAAUGUACACCUCAGGCAACGAAUCCUCAACCGAGGGUCUUCUCUAUCCGAUUGAAUCGGAAACGCGCGAACUGAAGAAACUGGACGGUAUGUGGAACUUUGUGCGCUCGAACAGCAACAGUCCGUCGCAGGGUAUUCGCGAGAAGUGGUAUAUGGAUGAUUUGGCACGGUUUCGCAAAACGAUCGGCAUGCCAGUACCGAGCAGCUACAAUGAUAUCACGGAGGAUGCAGCACUUCGCGAUCACGUCGGAACGGUGUGGUACGAUCGCAAGUUCUUCGUCCCGAAGGCCUGGUCGAAGGGAGAUGAUCGAGUGUUCAUACGCUUCGGUUCUGUACACUACGAUACAAUUGUGUGGAUUAACGGAGUACAGGUUACGAAGCACGAGAUAGGUCACCUUCCCUUUGAGGCGGACGUAACGAACGUCCUCAAGUACGGUGCCGAGAACCGUAUAACCGUGCUAUGUGACAAUGUGUUGCUGCAGGUGACAAUUCCUCAAGGCAAAGUGGAUAAUCAACCGAUAGACAACGGCGUUGAAUUGGUCCAAUCGUACACGUUCGAUUUCUUCAACUACGCUGGAAUUCAUCGCUCGGUAGUCCUGUACACGGUACCGCAGAUCUACAUCAAGGACGUUGCGAUUCAUACCAGCUACGAAGGAGAUGAAGGCCGAAUCGACUAUCAGGUCACUAUCAGUACGAACGAAACUGAGAAUCUGCAGCUGACGGUGAAGCUGUACGAUCGCAACGGAACACACGUCAGCACGGACGUAUCGGAAGCGAAGCUGCAGGGCACGGUUGUCAUUCCACAGGUGAAACUCUGGUGGCCAUACCUGAUGGAUCCCGAACCGGGCUAUCUCUACACGAUGGAGAUCACACUGGGCAAAGCCCAAUCAAACGAGGCACCUACCGAAACCAAAGAGGACACGGUGCUCGAUGUGUACCGCAUGAAAGUUGGCAUCCGUACCUUGCGAUGGAACAAUAGUUCGUUCCUUAUUAACGAAAAGCCUAUUUACUUCAGAGGAUUUGGACGCCACGAAGAUUCUGAUAUACGUGGCAAGGGAUUAGAUUUAGCGCUUCUCACCAAAGAUUUCAACCUGCUCAAAUGGGUCGGUGCCAACGCCUAUCGGACAUCACACUAUCCCUACUCGGAGGAAAGCAUGCAGUUUGCGGACGAACACGGUAUCAUGAUCAUUGACGAAUGUCCCAGCGUCGAUACAGAGAAUUAUUCGCAGAUACUGCUUGUAAAACAUAAAUCCAGCAUUGAGCAGCUAAUUCACCGAGACCGAAACCAUCCCAGUGUAGUGAUGUGGUCGAUCGCAAACGAGCCUCGCACUGGUAAGCUGGGCGCGGACGCUUACUUUGCAGCCGUGGCACAAUAUACAAAAAAGCUGGACCCGACGCGCCCCAUAACUGCCGCUAUUGCCGUGAACGUCAAUGAUGAUCUUGCUGCCCAGCAUUUGGACAUCGUCAGCUUCAACCGGUACAAUGCGUGGUAUGCUAACGCUGGCAAACUCAACAUGAUCACGAACCGCGUUAUUGAGGAAGCUGAAGCAUGGAACAAGAAACACAAUAAGCCAGUUCUAAUGUCAGAAUAUGGCGCUGAUACGCAGGAAGGACUACAUACGCUUCCAGCCUACAUCUGGUCGGAGGAUUACCAAACGCGUGUCUUCAGUCAGCACUUUAAGGCGUUCGAUGCACUUCGAAAGCAGAACUUCUUCAUCGGGGAGUUUGUUUGGAACUUUGCGGACUUUAAGACAGCGCAAACGUACACCCGAGUUGGUGGUAACAAAAAAGGUAUCUUUACCCGCAACCGGCAACCGAAGGCAGCCGCCUACCUGUUGCGCCAACGGUACCACGCGUUGGGUGAGCUAGGCAAGAGUUUCCUACCGGAAGAUCUGUUCCUCUACACAGCUCCGGACACCAACCAGCUAGUCAACGAGCGCACCGAACUGUAGAACUGCUUAACUCCAACCCACUUACAUCGUAAGAGUGUAAAAACACAAAGUAUUCGACAAUCUUUUGUAUGUUCUUUAUCUAUCGUAUAAGUGUUGAAAAGUAAUUACGUCUGGACUGAUAAUAC